AUGCUUCACUGGAAGAAAUCAAAGGCAGCUUUGAGGUGGAAGGAGAGCAAACCUGUUUGUGCACACAGCAAUGUGCAAGGCGCGGCACUAGCCAGUGCAUGUCAGCCUGUUUGUGCACACAGCAAUGUGCAAGGCGCGGCACUAGCCAGUGCAUGUCAGCCUGUUUGUGCACACAGCAAUGUGCAAGGCGCGGCACUAGCCAGUGCAUGUCAGCCUGUUUGUGCACACAGCAAUGUGCAAGGCGCGGCACUAGCCAGUGCAUGUCAGCCUGUUUGUGCACACAGCAAUGUGCAAGGCGCGGCACUAGCCAGUGCAUGUCAGCCUGUUUGUGCACACAGCAAUGUGCAAGGCGCGGCACUAGCCAGUGCAUGUCAGCCUGUUUGUGCACACAGCAAUGUGCAAGGCGCGGCACUAGCCAGUGCAUGUCAGCCUGUUUGUGCACACAGCAAUGUGCAAGGCGCGGCACUAGCCAGUGCAUGUCAGCCUGUUUGUGCACACAGCAAUGUGCAAGGCGCGGCACUAGCCAGUGCAUGUCAGCCUGUUUGUGCACACAGCAAUGUGCAAGGCGCGGCACUAGCCAGUGCAUGUCAGCCUGUUUGUGCACACAGCAAUGUGCAAGGCGCGGCACUAGCCAGUGCAUGUCAGCCUGUUUGUGCACACAGCAAUGUGCAAGGCGCGGCACUAGCCAGUGCAUGUCAGCCUGUUUGUGCACACAGCAAUGUGCAAGGCGCGGCACUAGCCAGUGCAUGUCAGCCUGUUUGUGCACACAGCAAUGUGCAAGGCGCGGCACUAGCCAGUGCAUGUCAGCCUGUUUGUGCACACAGCAAUGUGCAAGGCGCGGCACUAGCCAGUGCAUGUCAGCCUGUUUGUGCACACAGCAAUGUGCAAGGCGCGGCACUAGCCAGUGCAUGUCAGCCUGUUUGUGCACACAGCAAUGUGCAAGGCGCGGCACUAGCCAGUGCAUGUCAGCCUGUUUGUGCACACAGCAAUGUGCAAGGCACGGCACUAGCCAGUGCAUGUCAGUGCUGGGUUUGCUGGCCAGAUGCAUGGAGGUCCUGGAGGGUCACUGUAAUAUGA